UUUUAUGGGAAGAAAUAAUAAAUAAAGCACGAUGAAACAAGUGGCCUGCUUGGAAAACUUAUGGCAUUACUUUAUUAAUUGUGAGACUUCUGGAGCAAGUGAAAAUGACCUAUCAUCGGAAAGGUCAGAAAACAGCCCGGACGAAGAUUUUGAAGCUUGCGGCGGCGACGAGGACUUUGAGCAACUAAAUAUAAACAGGCCCAUCUCUUAAUUUGGGGAGAAUCAAAUGUAAGAUUUUUCAACUACACCAUUUGUCAACCAAAUUAAUAUUAUAUCAAUUUAACUCAAAUAAAACAAUUUAUAUGUGUAACAUUUUUCAACGAUUUGUGUGCUCUUAUGUAAAAAGAAAGGGGAAAAAAAGAGGUGGUUCUUUAAUAUGACUCUGUAAACUCUCAAGCUGCCUACAUUGACUCGGUAAAUUGUCAAAGUUUCGUUUUGGUUUCUAAAACAGGGAAUGAAAUCAGUUUUACCAGUUACGACAGACAGUCAAAAAGAUGGGUUCUCUCAACUCUGUCUACUUCCUCAGUGUUCUUCUUGUUCUUGUUAGUUCUCAGCGGCUGCCGCCGCCGCCACCAUCAUCUUCUUCCCCUUUCAGCAUAACCACCGACAAGGAGGCCUUACUUUCUCUAAAGUCGCAAUUUCAUGUCGAAAUUCCGAAUAAUCCUCUCUCAACAUGGGACCAACAAAACCUCUCUCCCUGCAACUGGUCCGGUGUUUCCUGCAGCGAACAACGAGUGACUGGUCUCGAUCUUUCCGGUCUCGGAAUGACCGGUUCGAUAAGCCCUUACUUAGGUAAUCUCUCCUCCCUCCGAUCACUCCACUUGCAGAACAAUCAACUGACUGGAAAAAUACCAUCGACUAUAAGCGGAUGCAGAGAUCUCACGACGUUGGAAUUGAUGCAGAAUCGGAUUUGGGGAAGUAUCCCUCACGAAAUCAGCCAACUCAUGCAGCUCCAAAUCCUGAAUUUGGGCGGAAAUCAGCUUUCAGGUGAAAUCCCGUCCUCCUUAACCAACAUUUCUUCGCUCGUCGAUUUGAACCUAGGCACGAACAAUUUAGGGGGUUCCAUUCCUAGUGAUUUGUGGCGCCUUUCCAAUUUGAAGUUUCUCGAUCUCACCAUCAACAAUCUCUCCGGUACGGUUCCGCCGUCGAUAUACAACAUGUCCUCUUUGGUGUACGUCGCCUUAGCUUCCAACAAUUUAUGGGGCGAACUCCCUCCAGAUAUCGGAAUCACCUUGCCGAAUCUUUUAGGGUUAGAUUUCUGCUUCAAUAAAUUCACAGGUACUAUUCCUUCAUCUCUACACAACCUCACAAACAUACAGACCAUUCAAAUGGCUCGUAACUUCUUCCAUGGGAGUAUUCCACCAGGGCUUGGAAACCUGCGAAAUUUAGAAAUCUAUAACAUAGGAUUCAACAGAAUUGUCGGAAAUUCGGGUCUAGAUAUUCUCGAGCUUUUGACAAAUAGCACCCGAUUGGACUUCCUCGCUUUCGAUUUCAAUCUUUUCAAGGGUGAAAUCCCCAAUUCCAUAGGCAAUCUUUCCAAAGUUCUCACAAAGUUGUACAUGGGUGGGAAUGAUAUCCACGGUACUAUACCAUCUUCCAUCGGUGAGCUUAGGGCAUUGGAUUUACUGAAUAUGAGCUAUUGUUCGAUCUCCGGCGAAAUUCCGGCAGAGAUUGGGCUGUUGAACGAAUUGAGGGUUUUGGGAUUGGCUGGUAAUAAGUUGUCUGGAAAAAUCCCUAAUUCUUUAGGCAAUCUCCAACAUCUAAUCAAGAUUGAUUUAUCCAGGAAUAAGUUUGUCGGAAGCGUACCCAACACUUUUACGAACCUCCAAAACCUUAUAUCCAUUGAUUUGUCUGAUAACAUGCUAAAUGGAAGUAUUCCUAUUGAAAUUCUCAAUCUCCCCAAAUUAAGUGUCUUCCUUAAUCUAUCUCGAAAUCAACUCACCGGUUCCAUACCUGUAGAAAUCGGGUCGCUAGAAAAUAUUGCAGUGAUCAACAUUUGCGACAACAUGUUAUCAGGCAGUAUUCCUAGUUCCAUUGGGAGGUGUAAGAGUUUGGAGCAUCUGUCAUUUGCUAGAAACAUGUUGUCUGGUCCGAUUCCAGACACUUUAGGAUUGGUCAGAGGAUUGGAAACUCUCGAUCUUUCCGCAAACCAGCUCUCCGGAAAAAUACCAUUGAACCUCCAGAACUUGCAGUCACUACAAUUCUUGAAUCUCUCUUUCAAUAACUUGGAAGGAGAAAUACCCGGUGGUGGAAUUUUCAAAGAUCAUUCGAAAUUUCACUUCGAUAACAACAAAAGACUCUGCUCGGGUUUUUCCUGUGAAUUUCCCCGUCGAGGGAGGAAAUCCGCCUUCAUUUAUAUCCUGAUAAGUGUUGCUGCUUUAGUGUCUAUUUGUUUUGUGAUUGGCUUGAUAUGGUACGUUCGAAAAGCCAAAAAGACGAUGAUCGAGGACUUGUUUGAUGAUGAUCAAUCCGGAGAGAGAAAGCCUCAAAUAAUUUCUUACAAGGAGCUCUGUUUUGCAACGGAUAAUUUCGGCGAGAAAAAUCUUAUCGGAUAUGGGAGCUUUGGGUUUGUUUACAGAGGAGUUGUGCAAGGAGUGACUAUGGCGGUGAAGGUCCUCAAUACUGCGGUAGCUAAACCACGAAAGACCUUUUUAGCAGAGUGUGGAGCUUUGAGAUAUUUGAGGCAUCGGAACCUUGUGAAACUCGUUACUGCUUGUUCGAGUUUGAACUCGAAGAAUGAGGAGUUUUUUGCUCUGGUAUUCGAGUUCAUGAGCAAUGGGAGCUUGGAUGAUUGGAUAACUGGGAAAAGAAAGCAUGCAAACGGGAUCGGAGUGACUGCUACGGACAGACUGAAAUAUGCAAUAGGAAUUGCAUCGGCGAUCGACUAUUUGCACAACGAAACUGAAGUGCCAAUUGUGCAUUGUGAUUUGAAGCCGAGUAACGUUCUGCUGGAUUCGGACAUGACUCCAAAGGUUGCAGAUUUUGGUCUUGCUAAGUUAUUGUUGGACGAUACGGACAACGACCGAUUUUCUAUCAGCUGUACACACACUCUCAGGGGUUCUAUUGGCUACAUACCUCCAGAAUAUGGAUACGGCGAAAGACCAUCGACAGCUGGAGAUGUGUAUAGCUAUGGGAUUCUUCUGCUAGAGCUGUUUACAGGGAAGAGCCCCACGUGUGAUUUCUUUACAGCAGGUUUAACACUAAAGAGUUGGGUUGAAAAUCAAUUUCUGACUGACGUGGAGAAAGUUCUAGAACUCGGUCUAGUUGAGGAGACGAACGAUUAUUGGGAGGAGGAAGAAAAGGGCAGGCAUUGCAGUAAGCUCGAAAGCUGGCGAGAAUGCCUGACUAGGGUCGUUGGUAUUGGUUUGUCUUGUGCUGCUGAGUCAGCUGAUGCUCGUAUCUCCAUUAAAGACGCACUUCGUCAGCUCAAGAAUGUCGAGGAGAUACUUGACAAACAUCGUCAACUUGUUGAUGAUGGGGAAACUAUAUAUAUUGAUUCUUAUUUCAUCACAUUAAAAGUUUCUAUGUCAAUUAAGACAUGUUCCCCGUUUGUCAAACUAGUUAUUGCAGGGAAGAAGAUGGGUUCUUCUUCUUUUGGCAACUCCGCCAUUAAUAUUAUCCAGUUCUUCACUAUUCUUCUUGUUCUCGUUACUUCUCAGCCGCCGCCGCCGCCGCCGUUUUCUUCUUCCCCAGCAUUAAGCAUCACCACCGACAAGGAAGCAUUGCUUUCAUUAAAGUCACAAUUCCUCGUCGAAAUUCCCAAUAACCCUCUCUCAACAUGGGACCAACAAAAUCUCUCUCCCUGCAACUGGUCCGGUGUUUCCUGCACCGAGCAACGAGUCACCGGUCUCGAUCUCUCCGGUCUCAGAAUGGCCGGUUCGAUUAGCCCUUACUUAGGUAACCUCUCCUCCCUCCGAUCACUCCACUUGCAGAACAAUCAGCUCACCGGAAUAAUCCCCGACCAGAUCGGCGGUCUCUCUCGCCUCACAAAUUUGAACCUCAGUUUCAACAGCAUCAACGGAGAAAUACCUCCGGCAAUAAGCCGGUGCAGAGAUCUCACCACGCUGGAAUUGACGCAGAAUCGGAUUUGGGGAAGAAUCCCUCACGAAAUCAGCCAACUCACGCAGCUUCAAACCCUGAAUUUGGCCGGGAAUCAGCUCACAGGUGAUAUUCCGCCGUCAUUCACCAACAUUUCCUCCCUCGUCGAUUUAAACCUAGGCACCAACAAUUUAGGGCCGGGUACAAUUCCCGACGAUUUGUGGCGGCUUUCGAAUUUGAAAUUCCUCGAUCUCACCAUCAACAAUUUCUCCGGUAGGGUUCCGCCGUCGAUGUACAACAUGUCCUCCUUGGUGUACGUCGCUUUAGCUUCCAACAAUUUCUGGGGCGAACUCCCUCCAGACAUCGGAACCACUUUGCCCAAUCUCCUAGGGUUCAAUUUCUGCUUCAAUAAAUUCACAGGUACUAUCCCUUCAUCUCUGCACAACCUCACAAACAUACAGAUAAUUCGAAUCGCCCAUAACCUUUUGCAUGGGAGUAUACCCCCAGGCCUUGGAAACCUCCCAAAUCUAGAAAUGUAUAACAUAGGAUUCAAUCGCAUCGUCGGAAACUUCGAUUUUCUCGAGCUUUUGUCAAACAGCACCCGAUUGAACUUCCUCACUUUCGAUUACAACCUUUUCGAGGGCGAAAUCCCCAAUUCCAUAGGCAAUCUUUCCAAAGUUCUCACAAAAUUGUACAUGGGUGGGAAUAAUAUAUAUGGUACUAUUCCACCUUCAAUUGGUGAGCUUAGGAGCUUGGAUUUAUUGAAUAUGAGCUAUAGUACUUUUAUUUCUGGUGAAGUUCCACCUCAAAUCGGGCUGUUAAAAGAAUUGAGGGUUUUGGGAUUAGCUGAUAAUAAUCUAUCUGGAAAAAUCCCUGAUUCUUUAGGCAAUCUCCAAUUCCUAACCAAGAUUGAUCUAUCCCGGAAUAAGUUUGUCGGAAGUAUACCCAGCACUUUUGGGAACCUCCAAAACUUGAUAUCCAUGGACUUGUCUGAUAACAUGCUGAAUGGAAGUAUACCAGUAGAAAUCCUCAAUCUCCCUGGAUUAAGUUCAUUCCUUAAUCUAUCUCGUAAUCAACUCACCGGUUCUAUACCUGUAGAAAUCGGGUCACUAGAAAAAGUUGCAGUGGUCAACAUUUCCGACAACAUGUUAUCAGGGAAUAUUCCAAACUCAAUUGGGAUGUGUCAGAGUUUGGAGCAACUGUCGCUUGCUAGAAACAUGUUGUCUGGUCCAAUUCCCGACACUUUAGCAUCUGUCAAAGGAUUGGAAACUCUGGACCUUUCGAGAAACCAGCUCACCGGAAAAGUACCAUCAAACCUCCAGAACUUGCAGUCGCUGCAAUUCUUGAAUCUCUCUUUCAAUAACUUGGAAGGACAGAUCCCGAGUGGUGGAAUUUUCAAAGAUCUUUCGAAAGUUCACUUCGAUAACAAUAAGAGACUCUGCUCGGGUUUGUCCUGUGAAAUUCCCGGUCGAAGGAGGAAAUCCACCUUUACUUAUAUCCUAAUAAGUGUUGCUGCAUUAGUGUCUAUUUGUUUCGCGGUUGGCUUGAUAUGGUACAUUCGAAAAGGAAAAAAGAUGACCAAGAAGGGACCGUUUGAUCAUCAAUCUGUAAAGGGACAACCUCAAAUGAUUUCUUACGACGAGCUCCGUGUUGCAACUGGUAAUUUCAGUGACGAAAAUCUUAUCGGGCAUGGAAGUUUUGGGCUUGUUUACAGAGGAGUUGUGCAAGGAGUGACUAUGGCGGUCAAGGUCCUUAAUAAUGCGGUAGCUAAACCACGAAAGACUUUUCUAGCAGAGUGUGCAGCUUUGAGAAAUGUAAGGCAUCGAAAUCUUGUGAAACUCGUUACUGUGUGUUCGAGUAUAGACUCGAAGAAGGAGGAGUUUCUUGCGUUGGUGUUCGAGUUUAUGAGCAACGGGAGUUUGGAUGAUUGGAUAACUGGGAAAAGAAAGCAUGCAAAUGGGACGAUUGGAAUGAAUGCUUUGGACAGAGUAAAAUGUGCAAUAGGAAUUGCAUCGGCGAUCGACUAUUUGCAUAACGAAACGGAAGUUCCGAUUGUGCAUUGUGAUUUGAAGCCGAGUAAUGUUUUGCUGGAUUCAGACAUGACUCCGAAGGUUGCAGAUUUCGGUCUUGCCAAGUUAUUGUUGGAUACAGACAACAACCAGAUUUCUCUCAGUUAUACGCACACUCUCAGGGGUUCUAUCGGCUACAUACCUCCAGAAUAUGGAUACGGAGAAAGACCAUCGACCGCUGGAGAUGUGUAUAGCUAUGGGAUUCUUCUGCUAGAGCUGUUUGCGGGGAAGAGUCCCACAUGUGAGAUCUUUACAGAAGGUUUAACACUAAAGAGUUGGGUGGAAAAUCAAUUUCUGACUGAUGUGGAGAAGGUUCUAGAAAUCGGCCUGGUUGAGGAGAUGAACGAUUAUUGGGAGGAGGAAGAAGAAGAUGGCAGGGAUUGCAGUAAGCUCGAAAGCUGGCGAGAAUGCCUGACUACGGUCGUUGGUAUUGGUUUGUCUUGUGCUGCUGAGUCAGCUGAUGCUCGUAUCUCCAUUAAAGAAGCACUUCGCAAGCUCAAGAAUGUCGAGGAGAUACUUGACAAACAUCGUCGACUUGUUGGUGAAAAUAUAUGUUGAUUCUUGAUUUGUAUAUUCAUGAAGUUGAAGCCCAUACAGUGGCUAAUUAUGUAUACAGACAAUUAGAAAUGUAAAAGCAUGCAGUUAUUAGCAUGGGAUUACAUGUCCAUUUUAAAUUUAAUAAAUUAAACCAAUAAAUUUGAGA